AUGGGUAAAGUAUACGAUUGGUUCGAAGAGCGUCUCGAGAUUCAGGCGAUUGCGGAUGAUAUCACUAGUAAAUAUGUUCCUCCCCAUGUGAAUAUAUUUUAUUGCCUAGGGGGAAUCACACUGACUUCUUUUUUGGUACAAGUAGCUACCGGUUUUGCUAUGACUUUUUACUAUCGUCCCACCGUUCUAGAAGCUUUUGCCUCUAUUCAAUACAUAAUGACUGAAGUUAACUUCGGUUGGCUAAUCCGAUCGGUCCAUCGAUGGUCGGCAAGUAUGAUGGUUUUAAUGAUGAUCUUACAUGUAUUUCGCGUUUAUUUAACAGGUGGGUUCAAAAAACCUCGCGAAUUAACUUGGGUUACGGGUGUAAUUCUAGCCGUAUUAACCGUAUCUUUCGGUGUAACCGGUUAUUCUUUGCCCUGGGAUCAAAUUGGUUAUUGGGCGGUCAAAAUAGUGACCGGUGUGCCUGAGGCCAUUCCGUUAAUAGGAACUCCUUUGGUAGAGUUAUUACGCGGAAGUGCUAGUGUGGGUCAAUCUACCUUGACCCGUUUUUAUAGUUUACACACUUUCAUAUUACCCCUUCUUACUGCAGUAUUUAUGUUAAUGCACUUUCUAAUGAUCCGCAAGCAAGGUAUUUCAGGUCCUUUAUAA